AUGCCAGCGAUGGCGGACGGCGACUCUAGUUCUCUCCCAGCUACCGAACUACCGGAACUUUACGACUACCUCCUGAAGCUCAUCUUGAUCGGCGACUCGGGCGUCGGCAAGUCAUGCCUGUUGUAUCACUUCCUCAAUGACCGGAUUCGGGAUCCGUCUCCUCAUACCAUCGGCGUCGAAUUCGCCUCGACCCUGAUGCGCCUCCCCUCCUCCAUCCCCUCCUCCUCCAGCAUCUCCACCUCCGCCUCCCCCUCCUCUCGCCCAGCCGCCUCCAAGACGCUCAAAGUCCAAUGCUGGGACUCGGCGGGCCAAGAAAGGUUCAGGAGCGUGACGAGGAAUUAUUACAGGGGUGCUUGUGGAGCGGUGGUGGUGUUCGAUAUCACUUCUCGACGAUCGUUCGAAUCCCUUACGAGCUGGUUAUCCGACGCCCGCGCACUCGCGUCCCCCGACUUGGAGGUGGUUGUGGUCGGAAACAAGCUGGAUCAGGAGGACGACAGGCAGGUGCCGUAUCUUGAGGCGAGUCGGUGGGCGCAGGAGCAUGGCGCGCUGUACGUCGAGACAUCGAGCAAGACGGGCGAGAACGUCGAGCAGCCCUUCAUCCUCCUCGCGCGCGCGAUCCUCCUCGCCGUCGAAUCUGGCAAACUCGACCCGGACAAGACCGGUUCAGGCGUGUCGUACGGCGAGCGUGCGCUGCGGAGAGUGAGCAGCUGGAAUGGGAGUUUGACCGGGGGAGGGAAGGGCGGGUUGUUGGGCGGGAAGUGCUGUUGA